CUUAUUUCCUCGUUUUCCUUGUUAUAAGCAACGCCUUCUUCUUGCAACCCCCGAAAUCUCUCUGGUGUAAAGAGCAAUCCUCCAUUUUCACACACAGAGAUCAAAGGAGAAAACUCUCGAAUCGAUCUCGAUGGCGUGUGCUAGUUUCACCAAGUUAAAUGCAUCUUCUUCACAGUGGAUCGGUCAGCAAUCCUUCAAUCAACGUCCCGCAUCUUCUUCACGAUUGCCCGUCCGUCGUGUUUCAGUCGUUCGUGCUGGAUCGUACUCCGAGGAACUUGUCAAGACCGCCAAAACAAUCGCAUCACCUGGGCGUGGUAUCCUUGCCAUUGAUGAAUCAAAUGCAACUUGUGGGAAGAGAUUGGAUUCCAUUGGAUUAGACAACACCGAAGUCAACAGACAAGCUUACAGACAGCUAUUACUUACAACUCCUGGAUUAGGUCAAUACAUCUCUGGUGCAAUCCUAUUUGAGGAAACUCUAUAUCAGUCAACAACAGAUGGCAAGAAGAUGGUUGACUGCUUACGUGAACAAAACAUCAUACCUGGCAUCAAAGUUGAUAAGGGUUUAGUACCCUUACCAGGAUCCAACAAUGAAUCUUGGUGUCAAGGGUUAGAUGGAUUGGCAUCUAGAUCUGCUGAGUAUUACAGUCAAGGAGCUCGCUUUGCUAAAUGGAGAACUGUUGUCAGCAUUCCUUGUGGCCCUUCUGCUUUGGCUGUGAAAGAAGCUGCUUGGGGACUUGCACGUUAUGCUGCUAUUUCUCAGGAUAAUGGUUUGGUGCCUAUAGUGGAGCCGGAAAUUCUUCUUGAUGGGGACCACCCAAUUGAAAGGACACUUGAAGUUGCUGAACAAGUUUGGGCUGAAGUGUUUUAUUAUUUAGCAGAAAACAAUGUUAUGUUUGAAGGAAUCUUGCUUAAACCUAGUAUGGUUACCCCAGGGGCUGACCAUAAAGAAAAAGCCUCCCCAGAGACAAUUGCCAAAUAUACCCUCACCAUGCUCAAUAGGCGGGUCCCACCUGCUGUUCCAGGGAUCAUGUUUUUAUCUGGAGGGCAAUCUGAAAUGGAAGCUACUUUGAAUCUUCAUGCAAUGAACCAAAGCCCAAACCCAUGGCACGUGUCCUUCUCAUAUGCACGUGCCCUACAAAACUCUGUGCUCAAGGCAUGGAAAGGGCAGCCUGAGAACAUAGAAGCGGGCCAAAAAGCCCUUUUGGCCCGUGCAAAAGCAAAUUCCUUGGCCCAACUUGGAAAGUACUCUGCAGAGGGUGAAAGUGAUGACGCCAAGAAGGGAAUGUUUGUUAAAGGGUAUACCUAUUAAGGUUUUUGUAUGUGAUUUUUAGUUAUUGAGAUCGAUUUUGAGAAUUUAAUGAUCCAAAACCUUUGUUGUUUCUUCACAUGUAACCCAUAGAUUUGCUUGAAUAAUCGAUCACUCAUGAAGAUGAAAGUUUAUGAAAUGGCCCUUGAAAUGACCGGUUAA